AGUUCCUAUAGGCUCAUGCGAAGACAAAAUUAAUCAUCCCGUGUCGUGAAACAUUGCGUCACUUUAUUCUUCGACAAGUGAAAAGUAAAACAGUCUCGCUCUGAAUUACGGUUGGCAGAGACUCUGUGCACAAAAGACGCCCGCCAAGAGGAACUGUUCGAGAGGAGCGCGAGCGAGUCGGCGCGUGGAGGCGUAAUAAACAAUCCCCAGCUCGAGGGACGCAAACUCGAAGGCGCUUCCUGGCCGAAACCAGUUCUGCACUCAACAAAAAUGGAUUUGACCCGCUGUUUAAAACCCACGCAGGUAAGAACAGGUCUCGUGGCGAGACUCCGCGGCGUUUGAUGCGGAGCUUGGAGAGGGUGGAAGGGUUGUGAAAACCUCGCGCUACCUCCGCGAGCGGGGCUGUUGUGCAGAAAAUGGCGUCAUCCUUCUCUUGUUCUGCCUGAGCAUGGCAGGGACGAGCUCGCUCUCGGCGAGCUAAAGUGGCCUUCCCUCGCGCUUUAACGGGCUGCAAAUCCCAGAUUAGAUUCCAAUGACCGUUGCUGCGGUCCGUGCGGCGCUUCUUAGUCUCACGACUGUAAUGUGUCGUUAAGGGGAACACGCGCAAAGCCGGAAGGGUCACCGCGCCUGUGCGCCACGCUACUUCUGGAUUUCCAGCUCUGCGGUGGAGGACAUGGAUCUCUCGGCAGAGAUGCGGUGGAGUAAUGAGAAGUCCUGUCAGACAGACGUGUUGUGCCAUGAGCCGCCCAAGGUGUGCCAGCCGCCGGUGUACAGCGUUGAGCUUGGAGACCCUCCCUUACUGCAGAGACAGCAGAACACAUCCAAGUCCGGCAUCCACCAGAUCAUCGAAUGUUUCCGUACAGGUACUACACAGUUGAGGCACAUUCUGCUCCGGGAGGUAGACACCAUCUUUGAGUGUAAACUCUGUCGGAGUCUCUUUCGUGGCCUUCCGAACCUGAUCACGCACAAGGAGUUCUACUGCCUCCCCAGACUGCCAGAAACAGAAGAGCACACGGGGAGCGACAGACAAAGCCUGGCGGUUAAAGACUUGCUGGAGACCCUGUACCCUCGGCCAGAGGGUCAUGUGGUACGACUGGAGCCCAUGGAGAGCAACCCCAACGCUGUGUACCAGCAUGUGGUCAACAAGGACGGCGGAGGCCCCCCUUCUCACGAUCAGAGCUCCGCCCACAGCAGAGAGAGCUUGCGCAGGCCUACACCGCCCCACGCGGAGGCAAAAGCGGGGGAGGAGCCACAGAUGGACGGAGAGAGUGAGGAUGAGUGCAGCGAGGACGAGGAAGGCCAGAGUGAGGAGCAGAUGGAGGAGGCGGACGGAGACGAUGGAGUGGUCCUGGACGACGACGAGGACGAGGACGAGGAGAGUGACAGCGACAGUGACAGUGACGACGAAGAAGAAGAAGAUGAUGAGGAAGAUGAAGGAGACCAGGAGGAAGGUGAUGGUGUGCGCGACCUGGUCAUCACCUGCUGCAUGUGCGGGAAGGACUUCAACACGCGGCGCGGCGUGCGCAGACACUGCAGGAAGAUGCACAAGCAACGUCUGGAAGAGCUACGGAAGUUCACGGAGACGCGCACGGUUCCGAUCAGCCUGCUGUCGGUGAUGAAGGACCGUCUGACGGGCCAGAUCCACCCCCCCUCCACCGACGGCAAGCGCUGUCCCAUCUGCGCCAAAACCUUCGCCACCAAAGCCAACGUCCGCCGCCACUUUGACGAAGUCCACCGCGGCCUCCGCCGAGACCUCAUCACACCUGACAUCGCCACCAAACCGGGCGAGCUGGACUCCGCCUCCCCGCGCCGUGGCCCCGCCUCCGUCCGCCCCAAGCCCCUGUUGCCCCUCCCCCAGUACAACCUGUCUACCCUCAAGUGUCUGCUGUGCAAGAGGACCUACAGCACGCUGGCUCGGCUGAAGAGACACAUGCGCUUUGUGCACAAGGUCACCGUCCGCGGCUGCAGGGGCCAGGACGGGGGCCAGGAUGGGGCCCAGGACGGGGGCCAGGGCUCCCCGGACGACGAGAGCCGGCCGGAGCGCGCCAGCCCCCUCAUGCGCAGACACAAACUCGCCCUGGGCUUCGACUUCAAGCAGCUGUUCUGUAAACUGUGUAAGCGUCAGUUUAGCUCGCGGGAGAAUCUGGCCAAGCACAUCGAGCUGCACACCGACAACGGCAGUGACAUCUUCAUUAAGUUCUACCGCUGUCCUGUCUGCUGCUACGAGUCCCGCCGCAAGCGCGACGUCCUGCGUCACGUCACCGUGGUGCACAAGAAGAACACGGCGUACUUGGCCAAGAUCCUGCCGGUGUUGGAGAGCCGCGUGGUGAAGAAGCCCGCCGAGGUCGUGCUGGGCGACGGCACCAAGCGCCGGCACGCCAGGGGAGACGUCAACGGACGCAAGGCCGACGGCCCCGGGCCCUCGCCGCCCGUCACCCGCAAGCAGAGCCUGUUCCCGCGUGGCACCCAGAGCUCAGAUGGCCCCGCCCAUCACGACCAGGACGUGCAGGACGGCACAGAGGUGCGAGUCACCAAGAACUUCUCGCUGCACGCGUGUGACAUGUGUGGCCGCGCAUUCGCCAAGAAGGUUUACCUGGAGUCGCACAAGAGGAGCCAUCGCAACGCAGCCCACGGCGAGGCCAGGACGGCGGGCGUGAGCACGCGCUCCAAGUCCCUGCUCUGAUCCCUUUAGAUGAUGUCCUGGCUCCCUGACGGUGAGGACCAGAGUCUUGGAGGAUGUCGGAGGAAUGAGCUGCUAAUCGUAUCGAGGGAGAAGAACUGGACCAGAGAGAGAGACAUGACAGAGAUUCAUUGUAUAUACUUGACUGUACAUACCACAAUACUGGUUCAUCUGAGCACAUCUUUUCAUCUCAAGUGCAUUUUGGGCCUCCAGGUUGGGGGAGUGGUCUCUUCGUUCAAGACAGCCAUUCUGGGUUGCUGUGGGCUGUUGGUGAAUGAACCAUGUAUCAGAGAGGACUGAAACACUACACGGCUGCUUGAGGGGAAGGCCUCUGUGCUCCUGGCUGGGCUGCUCAUGUCCUGCACGUGCACGUCACACCGGCGGCCCGAUCUCGUACCGUUGCGUGUGCAGCCCGUUCACCUGUGCACCAGGCAUGAGAGUCGGCAGCCCCAGCACGGUAAUGGCUCGAACCACGCAGUUCUCAUUGGUACUCAGUGCAACCGUUUGGGCUUGCAUCUGGACCCAGUUUUUUCCUUUAGUGCUGGAGGAUGCCAUGUGCUUAGGACUCAACACCACUGGAAUGUUUUUACAGUAUUUUUCUGUGCCCUUGAACUACAACACAGCCUCUGUUUUUUGUUUUUUUGUUUUUUUUUUGGGGGGGGGGGGGGGGUGUUUUGUUUUUUUAAGUUGAACUGUAUUAACCUGAGGGAGUAUUUGCUCCAAGACAAACUCCGGGUCAAAACGGGAAGAGCUGCCAUCGUUUGACGUUGACGUGUGUUUAAUGCAGAUAUCUACAGAGGGAUGAAAUUGCCAUCUUACUCAUUCCGUGCUUUUGGACACGGCGCUUGUUUCGAACCGCACGUGCAGCCGGUUUCCUCACCUACGGGGUCUUGUCAUUUCUCUAGACUCCGUGAGGAAGGGCGACGCCUCUGGUCUAACUUUUCUCACAGGCUAAAUGAAUGUAUUCAAUUAUGAGUUUUGCUUUAGCGCCAAUAAAGCAGUCUGGAACACUUG